GCUGGUUGCGGGAGGAGUGCGGCAUGCUUGACGACACGCAGGACAAAGCCGGCAAUUUUGCGGCUGACUUGGCUGAGAUGGCCGGGCACGCGUCUCUGGCGACUUGGCUCCGCGACGAAUGCGGCGCUGCACGUGCCGCGAGCUGUCUGAAACUGGGCCUCCGCGAGGAUGCCGACCUUCACACGAUUCGGCAGGCCUACCUCCGUUUGGCCCGCGAGGUGCAUCCAGAUGGCCGCCCUGGCUGCUGCCAAAGCGUCGAAGAGUUCGCGGCUCUGCACGCUGCCUACCACCACUUGACGAAGCUGGGGGGUCGGGGCGGGCAGACCAACCCACGCCACCAGGAGCGGCUGAUGCUCACAUGGGACGGUGCUGUGAGCCAUGGCAUGGAGGGCGAACGGGAACGGUUUAAGGCACGUUUGCUGACCGUGGUUGGUGAGUUUGGGGACAAAGGCUUCCCGGUGAGUUCGUUAAAGAAGAAGUACGCGCAGGUCUUCGCAGGGGCGGCACUGCCUGCACCGAGCGCCUUUGGCCUCCGGAAGAGUUGCGGCCUCCUUGAGUUGCUGCGGACGGUGGCGAGCGACGUAGUUCACAUCGAGCUGGAUGCAAAUGGUAAGGAGCCGUUGCUGCGUGCCAUUUGCGGCUACAGCCCAGCCAACGGCGCAGAAAAGUGGAUCGCAAAGCUUUCGGCCCGAAGCCGCUUUGUGACGGAUGGCACAAGAACAGUAUACGACGCUUGCACGCUUGAUCUUCGUUUCAAUGACUCGGGCUCCUGA